AUGUUGAGUAGUUCAUUUAGCCAAUACAUGGAUAACCUUAGUUAUGUAUACAGUAAUGUAGAGAGAUACUUCAGUUUCCAUGUCGUCAGUGGAGUUCGACCCAUGUGGAUUUUGACUCCAGAUGGUAUGCUUUUAGAUGGUGAAACAAGUAUGUCCUUAACCCCUUUAAGUGAGAAUGAGUUUUGUUAUGGGUAUGAGACAAGUACUGGGUGUUUGGAAGUUCCUGAUUUGGCUAAUGAGUGUAGAAGUAAAAAUGAGAAUUUUACUUUACUGAGUGGGGAAUAUCCUACAGACAGCAGGAUGAGAAGGUCGGAUGCUGGUAAUUCAAGCCUAAGUAGAAGUGAUUGUAUGAUGAGGUGCUGGAAUGAUUGCAGUUGUCUGGCUUUUGAGGAAUAUGAAUAUGGAAAUGAUUGUGUUACAUAUACUGGAGACAAAUCAACCAAGCUUAUAAUAGACACACGAGGAUAUGACACGCAAAUGUUUGUGUUAGAGUCUCAAGAUGCGAUUGAUUCAAUGAUAGUACUGCACGCAUUUGGGCACCUAUUGUUGCUGGGAUUUUUCUACUUUCCUUUUGUUUCGGGUUAUUGUGGUAUCUUAAGAAGAAAAAAUCUUAGACUAGAAGCUGAGGAGAGACAAAGAAGAGAUGACGAAUACUUUCUUGGUCUCAUGGCUUCAGAUAGCUUCAAUGAUGCAAGUAAUCUCGAUAACAGUGGCAGAAAAAUAAGUGAAAUGACAGUGUUCAGCUAUCCUUCAAUACUAGCAAGCACAAAUAACUUCACAAGUGAAAAUAAACUCGGAGAGGGUGGUUUCGGACCUGUUUAUAAGGGGAAACUUAGCCAUGGACUGGAUAUUGCAAUUAAAAGACUUUCAAGAGCAUCUGGACAAGGGCUUGUGGAAUUCAAGAAUGAACUCGUACUUAUUACCAAAAUACAGCAUACAAAACUUGUUCGGAUUUUAGGUUGUUGUGUUCAUGGAGAAGAAAAAAUGUUAAUCUAUGAGUACAUGCCCAACAAAAGUUUGGAUUUUUUUUCUUUUCGACGAAACAAGAAAGGGACUCCUAGACUGGACAAAACGAUGGAACAUCAUUGAAGGGAUUGCUCAAGGCAUGCUUUAUCUACAUAAAUACUCAAGAAUGCGAGUUAUUCAUAGAGAUCUAAAAGCAAGUAAUGUUUUGUUAGAUGAAAGUAUGAACCCCAAGAUUUCUGAUUUCGGUAUGGCCAGAAUUUUCAAACAACAUGAGACUGAAGCAAUGACCAAUAGGGUGGUGGGAACAUAUGGUUACAUGGCUCCUGAGUAUGCAAUGGAAGGGACUUUCUCAGUGAAGUCAGAUGUCUUCAGCUUUGGAGUCCUAACCCUUGAAAUUGUGAGUGGAAGGAGAAAUACUAGCUUCUCAUAUCGUGACAAGACUGUCAACCUAAUUGGAUAUGCAUGGGAGCUAUGGCUAGAAGGGAAUGCACUGGAGCUGGAGGAUCCAACGCUAGCCAAUACUCAUGUCAUACAUCAACUGUUGAGGACUAUCCAUGUGGCACUUCUCUGUGUGCAAGAAAAUGCAAUGGAUAGACCAGAGAUGUCAGACGUUUUAUCUAUGCUUAACAAUGACACAAUGUCAUUACCAAUACCAAAACGACCAGCAUUCUUUAUUGGUAGAAGUUCUUCGAAGUCAACUUCAGAUGAAAGGAAGUUGAAUGACUAUUCAGUAAACAAGAUGACGGUUACAUUAAUGGAGGCUCGAUAGCAUGUCAUAGUUCAUUGUUAGUAAAAUGCAAUACUAUUACGACAUCUUAUUUUAUUUAUCUAUAAUUGUACACAAAUGAUUAAAGUAUACACUUAGAUUUUUUGCUUCGGAGCUUUUACUUGUGGACUGGUGGCCAAAAUUCUCUUAAUCUUAAUGUCGGGAAUGGGUUCGACCAGGGUCCUUGACUGUUACAGUUGCUUUUGGUGGUGGAUAUUCAGAUUCUUGAACGCUUAAGUGUAGUUUCCAUUCAGUUUUAUAAAAAAUUAGUGCCUUGGGAUGGAUUAUUCUGAGUAAAGAAAGAAAUGUAUUCACU